GGAACAGGCUUUCUAAGCUGGUUGUUUUGAGCCUCCUUGGCACACUCCUGCGAGGAGGCUUCUCUCUCUGCUCCCUAACAAGCGUUUCAGGCGCUGGGACGAUUUGUGCUGCUGUGCUUCAAUAGGCUUUGCAGCUGUGAAUGUGCUUUAAUAGCAUUUACAGCUGGGCUGAGGUAUCCCCUCUCUUAAAAUAACACUGCAGCUUGUGCCUCCCACCAGCUGCUUUGUCUGUAGCUGUGGAUGCUCUGGAGCAAGAGAACACGAGCAAAACUCAAAGUCUUGUGUGUGGCUAAAUAGGAAGCAUAAUCCUGUGGUUUGGGUCUGCAACUAUCAACAAGCGUGUUUAGAUCUUGGUUUUAGCACUGCUGAUGAUUUGCUUUCUGCUCUCUCAUGCAGUUUUUAACCUUCUAGGGUGGUUUUCCUUCACUGGUGAAAUGGUAAUAGGAAAACCUUGGAGUGGUUUUGGAUCAAGUGAUUUGUUUGGGGAUUUUCAUGUGUUGUAAAGCCCUGGAUCAAAAGGAUGUCAGUUCAGGUUUCCAAACCAGAGGAGUCAUUCCCAUGUCACCUGUGACCCACUGAGGCAACUUCAGAGCCCAGGAUGGAGGUGGUGAGCAGGACAGACCCCCACGUCCGAGAGGUGGUGUGGUUUGCGGUGCACUGCAGAGCCCUGACCCUUCUACUGCAGGCUCUUUUCAACCUCCUGAUCCCCGAUCACGCUGCAGAUGCUUUCUCCCCUCCUCGCCUGUCCCAGCCUGGCCUGUGGGAUGUGCUGGUGGAGCAGCUGCUGGGAGGGCUGUCUCGCUGGGAUGCAGAGCACUUCCUCUUCAUCGCCGAGCGCGGUUACCUGUACGAGCACAACUGUGCCUUCUUCCCCCUGUACCCCCUGAGCCUGCGAGCCGUGGCCGAGGGGGCUCUGUGGCCCCUGCAGUGGCUGCUGUGUGUGCGGAGCCGCCUGCUGCUCUCAGCUGUGCUGCUCAACUCCCUCUUCUCUGUCCUGGCAGCCGCUGCCCUGUAUCAGCUGGGCUGCCUCGUGCUGCAGUGUCGCAGGGUGGCUUUCCUCGCUGCCAUCCUCUUUUCAGUCAGCCCUGCCAAUGUAUUUAUGGCAGCUGCUUACUCAGAGAGCAUGUUUGCCUUCCUGGCGUUCAGUGCCAUGUGGCAACUGGAGAAGGGGCAGAGCUGGCUCAGUGGACUGCUCUUCUCCCUUGCGGCUGGGGUGCGUGCCAAUGGGCUUGUUAAUGCUGGCUUCUUUCUCUACUCCUGCAGUAAAUGCUUUGCCCUCCAGCUCCAGGUGGGUUCAGAGUCAGUAAGAAAGCUCCCUCUGUUGUGGAAGCAGCUCCUGAGUGUGGUGUCUUCCAUGGUUCUGACGUGUGCUGGCAUUUUUCUACCUUUUGCUAUAUUUCAGUAUUAUGCCUAUGUGAGGUUCUGUCAUCCUGGUACCAGCCUGGAGCCAGUUCCUAAGGCACUGGUCCAGCUGGCUCUGGACAAGGGCUAUUCUCUGGCAGCCCCAAAUGGGGUUAAACCCCCUUGGUGCUCCCAGCAGGUCCCUGUAGCCUAUUCUUAUAUUCAAGACACUUACUGGAAUGUUGGCUUUCUAAGGUAUUUUGAGCUCAGGCAGAUACCAAAUUUCUUGCUUGCUUUGCCUGUCACGCUUCUGGGCUCAUGGGCUGCCUGCACCUACAUCAGUGCAAACCCACGGCACAGCCUGACUCUUGGUUUAGAGAGAAGAAAGAGCGAAGAGGAUAAACCAAGAACUGGCUUUUGCUGCCCUGCUGUCUUCGUCUAUGUGGUCCAUGCCACGGUCCUGCUGGCAUUUGGGUUCUUCUGCAUGCAUGUGCAGGUGCUGACCCGAUUGCUCCACUCCUCCUCUCCCAUCCUGUACUGGUUCUCUGCCCACCUCCUUCAGGAAAACGAACCUUUGCUCUGGAGUGAAGGGACUGAUAAUCAAACCUCUGCACCUCGCUAUGAGGGAUCUCUUCAGGGUAAAUCUGGUUCCUGUGUGAACCCCGUGGUGAGGCUGCUGCUGAACUUCAGAUCCAUCACCCUGCUCAGCAGAUGCAUCCUCGGAUUCUUCCUGUCCUACUGGCUGCUGGGGCUGGUUCUGCACUGCAACUUCUUGCCAUGGACAUAGCGUGGGGCGCGUUGGUGCAGGCUGGUUGUGGGGCAGCAGCACUGGUCGCAACUGAAACCCACUUGUUGAAGAAAGCCUGAUGUACGUGUAGUGAUGCUGUGGUGUCAGUUACAAAGGAGUUACUCCUCAGUAGGAGCGUGCUGAGCCGUUGCUGUGUCCAAACCAGGCAUGUUCUCUUUGCUGUGAUGCUGCAGCAUCCCACCCCCGUCUCUGCUGUCAGUACUGAUAGCCAGCAUUCCUGGGACAGAGCAUCUUGGUUCCUGUCUUCUAGGGGAAAUACUGCUGCUGAGCA